UGGAAUCGAUCUCAAUUUCACAUAAGGUUUUCUCUGAUACUCCAUUUCCCAAAUGAGAUGUUAAAACGAAUCAUUAUCUAUACAAAUCUCCUAUUUCUGCCAAUUUGUGCAUUAUUCUCACAUUCACAAUGCAUAACCUCUGAUCUAGGAGGUAUGCUUCAGAUUCAUUAAAUAAAGAGUCUUCUUCUCUUUUAUUGUAGUUUGCUCUUAUUGAAGAUACUUUCCAAUCGGUUUUUCUUCGUCAGGAAUAUAUCUGUUGUAUGAAAAUCUAUUUUGGUUGGGAAAUGUUGAGUUCAUAUACUCUGUGAAUGGCAUUGUCUGAUUCGAGCAUUGUUUCUUGUUUGGUUAAUUUAGUUCAUAGGGAUUAUUUUCCUACGCCAAAUUAACUCUGCGUGGCUAAGCUCUUGGUUAAUAAGUUAUUCGAGAAGAGUGAUUGGUUAAGGGCUAAUUUGGAUGAAUGUUUAAUUGAGGAAGCUGAGCUUCUCCUGAUUGGAUUGUAAAAGUAUAUUUCGAUUAAAUGUGAUGAUGAUGGUGGUGCUUCCCAAUGAGAAGAUGAAUAGUUUCAGUAGGAGUCUUUCCUCUAAAGUUAAACAAAGGGCUGCAUAUGUUUCACGGGUUUUUCGUGCUUUGGUUAUUAUUGGAUCACUAGUUUGUUUCAUGUUGGCCAUUGGUUGCGGAUACAUGUAUGUUCUGCCAAAUAUUGCACAUGCUUUACAUGAUCGUGAGUACGGAUUCUCCAUAGAUGCUUGUGAUGUAUUUGACGGAAAAUGGGUGAUGGAUGACCGCUACCCCUUGUAUAACGUCUCAGAGUGCCCUUUUGUAGAGCAAGGAUUCAAUUGCUUAGCUAAUGGUAGAGUGGAUGACGAUUAUCUCAAGUGGAGGUGGAAGCCAAAACACUGUGACAUUCCAAGAGUUAACGUGCAGCUCACUUUGGAGAUACUCCGAAAUAAGAGAGUUGUUUUUGUUGGUGACUCUAUGAGUAGAACUCAGUGGGAAUCUCUGAUAUGUUUGCUAAUGUCUGGAUUGGAAGACAAGGAAAGUGUUUAUGAAGUCAAUGACAACAUCAUAACAAAGCAAGUUAGGUAUUUAGGUGUACGGUUCAGUUCUUUCAACUUCACCAUUGAGUUUUAUCGAUCAGUUUUCCUUGUGCAACACAAUUGGGCACCAAGAAAUGCACCAAAGAAUGUUAGAUCAGCAUUGUUGCUGGACAAAUUAGAUGAUAUCAGUAAAGAGUGGAUCAACUCAGAUGUUCUGGUUUUUAACUCUGGUCAGUGGUGGGUUCCUGGGAAGCUUUUUGGGACGGGGUGCUAUUUUCAGGUUGGUGAAUCACUUAAACUUGAAAUGACAAUUGGUACGGCCUUCCGAACAGCAUUGCAGACUUGGUCAUCUUGGGUGGACAGUAUGAUUAACCCAGAAAAGACACAAAUCUUCUUCCGAACUUUUGAACCGUCUCACUGGAGGAAUCUUACUCUGCGGCAAUGCAAUGUGAGUAAGUUACCUCUUCCAGAUAGCGUAGGAAAGGAUUUAAGUCCAUUCUCUGAUGCGGUGUUUGAGGUUGUGAAUGGUAUGGUCGCACCUGUGACUGUUCUUCAUGUAACUCCCAUGUCAGCAUUCCGAAGUGAUGCACACGUGGGGACGUGGAGUGACCGACCAUCUCUAUCUGAUUGUAGCCACUGGUGUCUACCCGGAGUACCUGACAUAUGGAAUGAAAUACUCAUUGCUUAUAUGUUUGGUAAAGUAAAAGCACAUGAUGUUUGAGUUGCGAUGAACAGGGCAAUUAUAAAGAGUUAUAUUAUAUACUCCAUACAAGACAAAGGUCUUGUAACUUUGCCUCAUUGAGAGGGAGAGCCAGAGCGAGGGAGAAAUAAAUCAAAUGAGUAUGUUGGACAAAACCGAGAACUUCUUUCCCUUGUAGUGUUGUUAGCAAGUGUUCCCAUUUUGGUUCAUUUUGGCCAUUUAACUUGAUUUAGUUGUAGUACUAGUUUGUUACAAAUUACCAAUUUGAAAUUACCAAUUUGAAAUUAAAAGCAUACAACUUUAGCA